ACCUUUUCCACUUUGCCAAGUCCUCUACUAUGGGGCUCUUUAUGCGGGCGGUUGCCAAGGACAGGGCAAGAAGUUGGACGGUAAUAAUAGCGACAACCCCUGUCAUGAUCUACCUUACCUAUGCAAUGUAUAAGAGGGUUGUAUUGGGCCAAGGGCCAGCCCCUCGACCUAUGAUAGAUCAUGAGCGCAGGGAGGACUUAGGGGAGGGCGUGGAACGACGAUAAGCAUAGUGUAUUAAUGAUUGGGAUAUAUGAUUUUUGGGACAGCCCACUAAAUGUGACGACCUGGAAACAAACCGCAGCAUCCCCCAUUAUUUGCAAUUCUUGCAACUUGUUUCCGUAUCUUGUUUACGUUCUGUGUGGCUUAGCCCGAACCGGUUGUCUGCAUGCAUGGACCCAUCUCCAGACAUUGAUGUGCAAAGCAAACACACAAUGCCAACGUCAGUCGAAAGUCAAAUACCGUCUGCUACUCGCCAGACAGAAGAACCGCCUGUGGAAAGGCCUGGGACAUCGAUAUCAGUCCCGCCAGAGUCCACUACUCCGACCGUUCUCCGCAUUAAGCGGAAACGAAAUGCAGAUCCAAUCGAUGCGCUAAUCAUUGCAAACGAGGAGGCUGAGCGGCAGGGCAAGAAGGCGAGGAUGGGGACUGGGGAUAUCUCCAGAAUCUUCACACUUGCAGAUACUGUUGAGAACCAAGACAUUGAAGACGCGGGCCGAUUGCGAGUCACAUUGGAUCGUUUGCGAGCGUCACGUAGCGGUAAACAGUCAUUGAAAACAAUGACUCAAUGGGACAGGAGUCCUGAGGGACGUAGGAAAGAUCUGGUUGAGAACCAAAGUGUAGAAAACAAAGCCGCUCGGUUUAAGGUUCUCAGAAAUCGGCGUCAGUUUUCGGAUGAUGCGCUCCCAUAUAAUUUGCUGGAUGUUGCAGAGGAAGGAGAACACGACUCUACCGGGUCAUAUAUGUCACAAAAGAAACCCCCAUUGUCUGACGAUGAUAUUAUAUCUGACUUAAUGCCGAUGGUGCGAGAAUAUCUUCGAGUAACAGAGGGUGACGAGAAAGUAAAAGAGGAUGAGUAUGUUUGGGACCUCUACUACCUCGACAAUUCCGCUAAGCCCGCGCCGAAUGCCAAGGUUGCUGAGUUAACUUGGGAGCAGGACGAUGAUGUUUUCGUAGCGGACGAUGAUGAUUCGUCUGAUUAUCUUGACGAUGACGAGGACUCUAAUGCCGAGGAUUAUUGGGCGAAUGAUUAUCCUGAUGCCGGCAGCGAUGAUAGCCUAGACGAUCCUUACGAUCCCUAUGUAUGAAACAUCGAGCUUAUUUUCAUUCGGGAAUUUUAGCAAAGUAUGCGUUUCCCUCGGCAGAAGCGCUGGUGCACCAAAGGGUUCAAAAAUGAUCUCCUGGUUCGACAUAUCAAGCAAAUGGGGAACAGUUUCAUGUAGCAUGCUUCACUAGGACUGUGGAUGUUGCUGGUGUUUCUAUGGCAUUCAGCUCAUGUACCGAAAAGAUGCACAUAGUUUCGUACCCUAGUCUGUAGAUCGACUGGAUGCAGAUUGGUGAAACUGAGAUGUCUCUGAGUUAUGGUAGUGCAAUUGUUGACUUGUUCAAUCACUACAGUAUAAACAAGCCGUGAGAUAUAACGGUCAAAGUUAGGGCAUCUUAUUUGUUUAACCUCAAAGGGACUGGCAGUCGGC